AAGAAAAGACUUGGAGGAGUUUAAACUGAGGCAGAUGUGAGGGAGCACAGCAGACAGACUGAUCUCUUCACCAUGAAUCCUGCUCUGGUGGCGCUGGUGUUGGCUUUGCUGAGCACAGUGGCAGCUCAGUCUCACGACCAUCAUGACAUGGGCUGGGUCAACGGCUACCGCCAGGGCUUCAGCUUCCAGUGUGCCCAUGGAGAGGUCCUUGUGGCCAUCAGGAGCUACUUCAGUGAGCAGGAAGGCUCGGAUCGCUUGUGGUCAUUUGAGUGCCAGCCCACACCUGAGGGUCUGGGGGAGCCCAGCGACUGCUGGUGGGAUGACCUCAACCGUGCUGGGUUGGAGUGGACUUCAACCUGUACCCGCAAUGGCCUGGUAGCGGGGGUACAAAGCAAGUACUUUGAACCGGUUCUUGACCGGGAAUGGCGGUUCUACUGCUGCUAUUACAAACGCCGUUGUCCGUACUCCUGCAUGAAGACCAAUGACAUUCCUGAAUACUACAGAGAAGAGGGAGAGCUGGUGAUCCCUAGUUAUGGUUACUUCAUCCGAGGUGCCCAGACCACCUUCAGUGGAGUGCUAAGAGAUCGGCAAUGGAAAUACAUCCUGUGCAGAAUGACAGACUAUGACUGCGAAUUUGAGAAUGUAUAGACUUGUUAACAGCAUUCAGUCUUUAACAUAAGGGAUUUCUAACUAAAAAUCCAUAUUCACUUUUACAUUUAAACCAAAACAUAAUACUAACAUUAGAAAUAACUCAUAUACUUUGUGUUUUCACUCAUGUAUUUCCUAUUAAGUAAUGGAUCACCUACAGUCAUGUAAUAUAUGCCCAUAUAAUCACUGUUUUAGUAUAGCAUGCAAAGUUAAGGUAACUGUUAAAAUAAACAUUGACACUGAGGAUCUACAGUAGAUUUGGGCUCCACUGGACUCUUUGGAUAUCUUGUGUUUUCAUUUAUUUGCAGGAGGAACUGGAUGGCCUUUGGCAUCAUGUGAAAGUGGUUUAACAAAACAAACUAAACUAUUUGAAACUGUUGUUCAUGGUGGUGGAAAACAAUGCGUCAGGCUCUGCCCCAAGAGCUCUUAGUUGAUGUCACAUGACUGAUGGUGAAGGCUCACAUCAAUUUCAUGCUUUCAAAAAGAGUAUUCUGAGAGCUGCAGGGUGUGGCUGGUACCGGAAUAUUGUCUUGAAAGUAACACUUGGAACAAUUGUGUUUGUGUUGUAAUGGUUGUAAUGAGAGGCUCAUUUAGAAUUACAGGCAACUUGAGCUUUGCAUGCAAUGAAAUAUGGAUGCUUUCAACUGACUCCACAUUGCUCCUUUAUUGCUCCUUUAUUAAAGUGUCUGGUUCUGUUAAGCAAUUAUAGCCCUGUACUGUACUGAAACUCAUGCAACCUUGCUGUGUUACAGUGUGAUUAAA